GCGGAAUAAAAGCCGAAGCGCGGGGUCAGGAGCGCACUUCCUCGGCUGCAGCGCUGUGGUAGCGAUGUCUCUCCCCGUGACACUGGUCCUGCUGGGGCUGCUCGCUGUGUCAGGCCUGGACGCCAUCCAGCGUACUCCAAAAGUUCAGGUUUACUCACGGCAUCCAGCAGAGAAUGGAAAGCCCAAUUUCCUGAACUGCUUCGUAUCUGGGUUCCAUCCACCCCAGAUUGAAAUUGAUUUGCUGAAAAAUGGAGAUAAGAUGAAGGUGGAGAUGUCAGACCUGUCUUUCCACAAGGACUGGUCUUUCUAUCUUCUGGUGCAUGCAAAUUUCACUCCCAGUGCAACAGAUGAGUAUAGCUGCGUUGUGAAGCAUGUGACUCUCAAUGAGCCCAAGAAAGUUAAGUGGGAUAAGUACAAUUAAUUGGCACCAUGGAGGUCUGAAGAUGCCUCAUUUGGAUUGGACUAAUUCCAAAUUAUAUUUUCUGUCUUUUUAAUGCUCCUAUUACUAUCAUGUGUAUGCAAAGAAACUAAGAAGCCAUAUUAAUGUCAAUACGAAUUUUACUUUUGGUUCUAUGACCUAUGUAGGCAGGUGGCUCAGAGAUAGGAAGGGGAGAGAGUCUCAUGCCCAAUAUUUACAUUAUGAAAAAUGAUGUUUUUGCUUCACUAAAUAAAAUCUGUGUGGUCAGAUUCUUAGA